CCUUCACACUUCACUGUUCUCAAUUCAAACCUCACAGAACACAAUCUCUCCCUCUUUCUCUCUGUUUCCUUUUCUUUUCGUCAACCAAGUUCCCUAAUUUAGCAAUUUCUAGAAACCCUAAUUUGCUUGCCAAGCUUUUAAUUUUACGAUUCCUGCUCAGAUAAGGUCAACGGGAGUAGGAAGAGCUACCAUUUUCGAUAAGGUUUGAACUUUAUGAUUUCUUAGUUUAGGGUCUUAGCUCAUACUCCAAUUAGAUUUCAGGGGCUAGCUGAAGUUGAUACUGUAGUGUGUGCGUGCGCGUCCAUGGCGAACUGUGCGGAUUCGGAGCAGUUCCUGGUGCUGUCUAGUAUCCGGACGGGUCUCAAGAGAGAGUUUGCAUUCGCCAUGAAAGCUCAAUCCGAGAUCUGUGGGUCACUGGGCCGGACCAGGGCCUCCAAGAACGGGAAUGCGGUUCAGGUCGUGAAAAGCCCGGUCAAAAAGCGGUCCAGGAAGUCAAGUUCGGGGGAAGGGAACAAGAGCGAGCCGAAAAGUGAGGACUUGAAUUGUGGGGUGGUGAAAAGCGAAGAUGGUGGUGGUAGAGGUGAUGUUAUGAGUGAAGAGGAGGCAAAGAGUGAUGUUGUUGAUGUGGAGGAACUAAAGAAUGAAGGUGUUAUGGUGGUGGUGGAUGAAACGGAGAAGGUUGGUUGUGAAGGUGACGCGAAGGAUGGUGGUGAGGUAUGUUGUUCUAAGGAAGAUGGUGUUGUUGGUGGGGCAACACCGGUUUCAAUUACAGGUGAUAGUGGUGGUAGUUUGAAGGGUUCUGUUGUUUCUAUGGAGAAGCCAUUUAGGAGGUUUACCAGGUCUCUACUAAAGAGAAAGUUGGAAGAUGAUGUUAGUGGCGCAAAGGAUGGGAAUGAUAAGGUAAAUAACAAUGCCGAAGCUGUUGAAGUUGGUGGUAAUAAUAAGAAGCGUGCUAAUGAUAGUGGCAAGGAUGUUGAAGUUGGUGAUGAUGUCAAGGAGGGAAUUGAAGAUGGUGCAUUGGUUGCUGUGUCCAAGGCUAGUACUAAGAGGUGCCCAAUAAGUCUGAAGGAGCUUCUAGCCACGGGGAUUCUUGAGGGUUUGGCAGUGAAUUAUGCUCGCAGUGUGAAGGCAAUCAAGGCUGGAGAAGCAGAGCUUCGGGGAGUGAUUAAUGGCAAUGGGAUUGUGUGCCAUUGUGAGGAUUGCCAUGGUGUUGAGGUUGUGACGCCCACCUUGUUUAAGCUUCAUGCCAGUCGUUUAAACAAGUGCCCCCCAGAGUAUAUAUACCUUGAGAAUGGGAGUACUCUUCAUGACAUCAUGAAUACAUGUUUGGAUGUACCAUUAGAAACCUUGGAAGAAGUUAUCCAAAAAGUCAUUGGAGGCUUCACCAUAAAGAAAUCUACCUUUUGUUUUAACUGCAGAGAUGCCAAUGUUGUGUCGAGACUAUUAUGCAAUUCAUGCAUGGAGUCGAAGGAAUGCCAACCUAACCUCCCCACUCAGACAACUGACACUAGCAAUUGCAAUGUUUCACAUGCAGUUCAAUCCAGGUCGCCAGAACCCAUUGUGGUUCAAAAGUCAAUAAACAAUGGAAUGAAGCACAGCACAUCUCGUGAUAAGAGUGAUGGAAAAGUAACUAAGAAGGAUCUACGCUUGCAUAAGUUGAUCUUUGAAGCAGAUGUGUUGCCAGAUGGAACAGAAGUAGCAUACUAUGUUCGCGGAAAGCGACUGUUGGAUGGUUACAAGCAGGGUUUUGGAAUAGUUUGUAGCUGCUGUGACAAAGAGAUUAGUCCCUCCCAGUUUGAAGCUCAUGCCGGUUGGGCAUCACGUAGGAAACCUUACCUCCACAUAUACACAUCUAAUGGAGUCUCACUCCAUGAGCUGUCCAUCAAUUAUUUAAAAGAACGGAAGUUUUCCUCCAGUGAUAAUGAUGACCUCUGCAGUAUAUGUUCUGAUGGAGGGGAUCUUUUGUGUUGCGAUGGAUGCCCAAGAGCAUUUCACAUUGAUUGUGUUCCUCUCCCCUCUGUUCCAACUGAUACCUGGUAUUGUAAAUACUGUGAGAAUGUCUUUCAGAAAGACAAAUAUGUGGCGCAUAACGCAAAUGCGUUGGCGGCUGGAAGGAUUGCAGGCAUUGAUCCUUUAGCACAGAUACAUGAAAGGUGUAUUCGCAUUGUUAAAACUCACCAGGUUCACCAUGAGGGAUGUGUACUGUGUAGGCAACCAUAUUUUAGCAAAAUCUUUAGUCCCCGAACUAUGAUGAUUUGUGAUCAGUGUGAGAAGGAAUAUCAUGUUGGGUGUAUGAAGGAUCAUAACAUACAAAAUCUAGAGGCGUUGCCAGAAGGGAAUUGGUUCUGCUGCUCAGAGUGCAAUGGAGUUCAUGCUGCUUUGGUAAAUUUAGUGGCUGGUGAGGAAGAGAAUCUUCCAGAUUCCCUCCUUAGCUUGAUUAAAAGAAAGCAUGAAGAAAAAGGUUUAGAAACCAGGGCUGAUCUUGAUGUUAAAUGGAAGGUUCUGAACUGGAAUCUUAUUGCUUCUGACAAGACCAGAAAAUUGCUUUCGGAAGCUGUUGCUAUCCUCCAUGAGCGUUUCGGGCCUAUAAAUUUUGAUUCGAGAGCCGAUUUCAUUCCAGCAAUGAUUUAUGGGAGGAAAAUUGGGGAUUAUGAUUUUCGCGGAAUGUACUGUGCAGUUCUCAUUGUCAACCAAGUUAUUGUAUCUGUUGGAAUAUUUCGCAUCUUCGGGCAUGAAGUGGCAGAGCUUCCCUUAGUGGCGACGCCUACAGACUGCCAAGGACAGGGUUACUUCCAGUGCCUCUUUUCUUGCAUUGAGAGGGUGCUUGCCUCUUUAAAAGUGAAACAUUUAGUCCUACCAGCUGCGGAAGAAGCUGAAUCAAUAUGGACCAAUAAAUUUGGGUUUACAAGGGUUGACCAAGAUGAGAUAAACGAAUACAGAAGACGUCUCCGAAUGAUGAUAUUUCAAGAGACUCCCUUGCUGCAGAAGCCGGUUUCUGCACUCGCAAGUACUUAGGGCCAAAGGAAUAUUUCAUCUGCGGAUCUUUCUUUUUAGGGUUGUUUUGCUGGGUGUAGAAUAAAAGCAUUGUAUAGGAUGAUCUAUUUGGUGUACAGAGAAAGAAAAAGAAAACUAAUCACUCCUCUUUCUUGGUGUAGUUCUCAUAUUUUUUGUUUUGGUUCUACUGAAAUUGAAAUGAGGGUCAUGCUAGGGUUAGGCAGGACAAUGGAUUCUUAGCAACUAGCAAAUUUUGAUGUUACAUCCAUUUGGUUUUGUUGUAUAAUCCGGUUUUAAUCUUAAUCCCGAUGAUAAGGUGCUUUAUCUGUCUUCACUGUUAA